ACAAACACAAACACAAGCACAAACGCAAACGCAAGAGAAACAAACAGUCCAACUCCAAUUUGUUGCUGCGAGCGUUGCAACGUUAACAAACAGAAAGGGACAGCCUUUCGUACAUCAUCUUCCCCUGCAAAUCCAUUCAUUCAUUUUCUUUCUCUCCCUCUCUUCCGCACUCUAUUUAAUAUGGCACAAACUGAUUCACUCUCUGAAUACCUGGACACUGCUGUUGAUGCAGCCAAGAAAGCUGGCGAGGUUAUCCGGGAGGGAUUUUACCAGACCAAGCAUGUUGAGCAUAAGGGACAGGUGGAUUUAGUGACAGAAACUGACAAGACUUGUGAAGAUCUCAUAUUUAAUCAUCUCAGGCAGCAUUUCCCCACACACAAGUUCAUUGGGGAAGAGACUACUGCUGCCUAUGGUACUACAGAACUGACUGACGAACCCACAUGGAUAGUUGAUCCUCUUGAUGGAACAACCAACUUUGUACAUGGGUUCCCCUUCGUAUGCAUUUCUAUUGGCCUUGCAAUUGGUAAAGUUCCAACUGUAGGUGUUGUUUACAACCCAAUAUUGGAUGAGCUUUUCACGGGCAUCCAUGGGAAAGGUGCAUUUUUUAACGGCAAGCCCAUAAAAGUGUCAUCUAAAUCGGAGCUUGUGAACUCUCUUCUUGCAACCGAGGCAGGAACAAAGCGUGAUAAGGCUACUGUGGAUGCCACUACAAACAGAAUCAAUAGCUUGCUUUUCAAGGUGCGAUCCCUCAGGAUGAGUGGCUCCUGUGCAUUGAAUCUUUGUGGAGUUGCAUGUGGAAGGCUUGAUUUAUUUUAUGAAACUGGAUUUGGGGGUCCAUGGGAUGUAGCAGCUGGCGUGGUGAUUGUUAAAGAAGCUGGAGGACUUAUUUUUGAUCCAUCUGGUAAAGAAUUUGACAUCACCUCUCAGAGAGUCGCAGCUUCAAACCCUCUCCUAAAGGAUGCAUUUGUCGAGGUUCUGCAGCAAUCAGAAUGAGAAAGCAACCAUUAUUUUUGAAUUCAGUUCUUGUUCUUACAAGCAACUUCUAGCAGAACCCUCAUUGGUUUCAUCAUUACAGUUCAAGGAAGUGCAGGUAGCUGAAAGAGCUAAUACAUGUAACCAUUCGUCCAACUUGCUUGUGACUUUUAAGCAAUGCCAAAUUAUUUGUAGAAUAAACCCUGUACCAAAUAAUUGCAUUGAACCCCAAGUCUAUGAAAUUUCCCCAUAUACCAUUGUCUGGAAAA